AUGCAAGCUUGGCGUGCCAGGAUGCAGAAAUUCAUGCCCCAGCUGCAGAAGGAGACGGACAUGAAGAAGAACGAUGCCAUGGCCAUUGUGAAUGAGAAUUCCAAGCUGCAGAUUUCAGAUUUGCCUGCAGAGUAUCAUAAGGCCAUUGCGAAACUCAAGCAGUAUGAGGAGGAGGCGGAUCAGCUGGUGGAGCUCUGGCGCCAGCGCAAGGAGCGCAAGAGCUCCGCAUCGGCGAAUGGGGAGCUGUUGAGGGCGGCGGAGGCCAGGGCGGAGGAGGCGAGGGCCGAGGAGGAGAGGCAGCGCCUUGAGAAGGAGGAGCAGCAGGAGCGGGCGCGACUGGAGGAGUUGCAGCGACAACAGGAGGAGGAGGAGCGUCUGCACAAGGAAGCCAAAGUGCAGGAGCGGAAGGCGCGAGUGGAGGAGUUCUUGCAAGCCAAUGGCUUCACCGAGGUCGCAGCGCCCAAGCGGGUACAGGAGAAGAUGCUGGGCGUGCCGUUGAUGUCCAAGACCAUCUAUGCCAUCCACGUGGCCGCGGAGCUGGGGGAUGCCGACAUGGUGGAGAUGCUCAUGAAGGAGGGAGCGGACCCCAUGCAGAAGACCUCGGCGGGGAAGACGCCCAAAGACCUGGCGAAGAAGCGGAGCAAGGGCGGGUCCCAUGACGCGGUGAUUCAAGCGCUGGGCCAGAAGACGGCGAAGAUCGGGGGCGCCUACCUUGAGGCUGACUGGGCCAGCAUCCACCCGGCCGAAACGGCCGAAACAGGGCGGAUGGCACUGCCUCCGAACUGGACGAAGUACUCUACAGAUGAUGGCAAGGAGUACUAUUACAACUCUGCCACCAACGUCACUCAGUGGGAGAAGCCGGAAUGGUCGCUGGGCCCGGAGAGCGCUUCCUUCCACAGCCAAUCCUCGGAAGUGUACCGCCCAAGCGUCUCCGACUUGGAUUUGCAAGACCGCGCUGCCCCGACAGGUGGAGGCAUGGUCCCGCUUGGAGGACAUGAGGCGCGGGGCGGCAAGCUGGCGACCACUGAGGCAGACACCGUGUCGUUGAACGUCCCGAGCGGAGCGAUGGAUUCGGUGCAAGGCCCUGCGGCUGGCGGCUCCCUCAGAGGCUUUGGAGGCAUGAUUGCAUCAGCCGCCGGCGCUGAGGAAGGCCAAGACGUGCAGGGCUGGGCAGGUGCCAUGCUGUCGUACGCGCAGCAGAUGUUCGAUGUCAGCUCCCAGGACGUGCUGAAGCGCAUCAAGCUGGCGCUGGUCCCAUUCCAGGGCCAAGAGGACGCGGCCAACGAUUUCCGGACACGGCCUGACUUCUAUGGCCCCUUCUGGGUGGCCAGCACUGCAAUCCUCUUCCUGGCAGCCACGGGGAACUUUGCUCGACUUCUCGAGAUGGAGGAUGAGCAGGACUUCAAGUCCGACUACAAGCUGGUGAGUGUUGCCGCCACCCUGAUCUACGGUCUGCUGGUGGCGGUGCCUCUGGCGGUGCGCCUGGGGCUCUACUGCUCCGGGCAGUCGGUGGAUAGCAUCAACUUCAAGCAGGUGAUUUGCGUCUACGGAUACUCCUCGACCCCGCUGAUCCCAAUGUCCGUGAUAUGCCUUGUCCCGCUGGGCUUCCUGCGAUGGCUAGCUGUGCUGGGGGGGCUCGGCACCUCUCUUGCGUUCAUCUACGGCACCCUCUGGACAGACCUUGCUGUAGAGGCACCAUCGCUGAAGUGGAAGGUGCUUGGACUCUUCUGUGCAGCCCAUGUCAUCACCUUUCUGACCUACCGCGUCUACUUCUUUAAUUCGAUCAGCUGAACGACGAAAUCGAUCAGCUGGGCCCCGCCAGAAACACGGUUCGUGCAGUCACAACCGAGUGGUCUCCUGCAAACAAGCU